AUGGAGUUGAUGAAGAGAAGCUUCAAGUUGGAGCUUUUAGGGUUUUUGUUGUUCAAUGUGUUUCUCCUUUGCAUGGCAAAGGAGAACAUCACUACCAUCAACUGGGUUCUUCAAGAAGCCAAUUACACACGGUUGUGUAGCACCAAGUCGAUCUUGACCAUAAAUGGCCUAUUUCCAGGACCACCCCUGCAUGUCCACAAAGGUCAGAGGUUGAUUGUCAAUGUUCAAAAUCAAGGGACCUACAAUGUCACCCUGCACUGGCAUGGCGUGAAGCAACCGAGGAAUCCAUGGUCGGAUGGUCCGAAUUAUGUGACACACUGCCCCAUCAGACCCGGAGCAAAUUUCAGUUAUGAGGUCAUUUUCUCAACAGAGGAAGGAACCCUGUGGUGGCAUGCCCAUAGUGACUGGACUCGAGCCACCGUCCAUGGUCCCAUCAUUGUUCACCCUAAAAAUGGGACCACUUACCCAUUUCCCAACCCUCAUGCUGAAAUUUCCAUUACUCUAUCAUCUUGGUACAAGGGAGAUGUGAUGGAGGUAAUUGAAUCAGCACUUGCAUCUGGAGUCGAUCCCAAUAAGUCUGAUGCUUUCACCAUCAACGGCUUACCUGGAGAUUUAUACAAAGAUCUAUUCAAUUGUUCCACAGACGUUUUUCCUUUUUCUCUUUCUUCCUCUUCGUUCUUUCUCCUCUCUGUGUCUGGUUCUUCACCAAUUCUUCUUAUACAUCUCCUCUUUUGA